AGGGGCAGUCUUGUGCUGUGUGGUUGGCAACGUGUUUCUCUGAGGGACUUGCCAACCAAGAUGGCGGUGGAGGAGCUGUGUGCGCUGGAGAAAUGUCUGGGAUUAAAGGCAGGAAAGUACAGCAGCCGCGCUCAGGGGGACAGACAGAUUCCUGUGCUUCAAACCAAUAAAGGUCCCAGCUUGGUGGGACUUGCCACUAUCGCUUCUCAUUUAGCUACUGAGGCCAAAAAAGAGGAACUCCUUGGUGUCUCAACAGAAGAGAAGGCAAUUGUACAACAGUGGCUGGAAUAUAGAAUUGCACGUAUAGACAGAUUGUCUUCCAAUUCCAAAGAAGAUGUUCGAUCCAUUCUAAAGGACCUUAACCUGUAUCUGGAGGACAAAGUAUACAUGGCUGGAAAUAAAAUAACUUUGGCAGAUAUUUUAAUUUAUUAUGGGCUUCAUCCAAUUAUAGCUGACCUUUCGGUUCAAGAAAAGGAGACUUGCAUUAAUGUAUCUCGUUGGUUCAGUCAUAUCCAGCACUACCCUGGCAUUCGGCAGCAUCUCCCAAGUUUGGUCUUCAUUAAAAAUAGAAUCUAUACGAAUAUCCAUUAGCUGAAGGGACAGCUCCACUGGCUCACCCAUCUAGUACCAACUAAUACACAUGCUUCCUCUUCAGACUUGGCCAUUUACUUUAUUUCAGGUGGUUGGUGCAUCUAAUAUGAAGCAUUCACAAAACCCAGAGCCUAGUUUUGUUAUUUAUUUUAAUAAUUGAAAUUUGAAACUUUUGGUAGUUAACUUCUGUUUUUAAGUUUUGCAUUUCCAUCCCAGCUUUCUUAAGCCCUGGUUCACACCAGUGCGGUUUUGAAAUGGUACUACUUCAGUGCAAUUUCAGUGCUGCAGAUCUGUGUGAUUUGCAUCUCCCAGAUUUCAUUGCGGCUUGCGAAUCGCAAUGAAUUCGGGGGGAAAAAAAGUAGUGCAGGAACCUUUUUCAAAGUCGCUGCGACAUGAGUCGUGGAAAUUUGAACGGUUUUAUUUCUGGCAAUAGUGUGCAACUUGUCAUGCGAUUUGGAACUGUCAAAUUGCAUGACAAAUCGCAUUGUGUGAAUGAGGGCUAAAGGGAGGAAUAUUUUAUUUUAUUUUUUUCCCCUCCUUACCUGUGUUUUUAUAAUACUGUGCCAAACGUGAGAGAGACGGCUUGCCACUCUACGAUUUAUCAAACACGUUAUAAGUCUACUUUUUGUCUUGGCAGGUUGAAUAUCUAAACCCAGAAUAUAAUAAAAAAAUUGAAAUUUUAUGCUUAAUAAAUUUU